AUGGCAAACACAGAAUGGGAAAAUCAAACGUACAUCUCAGAAUUCAUCCUCUUGGGAUUCGGGAAUCUUCCACAGCUGCGUCUCCUUCUCUUCCUGCUGUUCCUACUCAUCUAUGAUUUGACCAUGGCUGGAAACGUUCUCAUCAUUCUGCUUGUUUUGACUGAUCAUCACCUACACACCCCCAUGUACUUCUUUCUGUGGAAUUUGUCCUUCUUAGAAACCUGCUACACCUCAAACAGCUUGCCAAGGAUGCUGCAGAGUCUCCUAACUGGAAACAGAGCUAUUUCAGCUUGUGCGUGUUUCAUACAAAACUAUAUUUUUGGUCUCCUGGCAGGCUCGGAGUCUUAUCUCUUAUCAGCCAUGUCUUAUGAUCGGUAUUUAGCGAUAUGUAAACCACUGCACUAUGUGUCCAUUAUGAAUGACAGAUUCUGCUUCCCGCUAGUGGCUGCAUCUUGGAUAAGUGGCUUGCUGGGCAAUUCCAUUAUAUUAUAUGUGUUGUCACGGUUAGUUUUCUGUGGUCCCAACAAGAUUGACCAUUUCUUUUGUGAUCUAAUUCCGGUUAUUAAACUCUCCUGCAGUGACACUCACCUCAUGGAACUUAUAGUUUUUCUGCUCUCUUCCAUAUUCUCUCUGCCACCAUUACUACUCACCUUGUCAUCUUAUUUAUGUAUCCUUUCCACCAUCCUGCAAAUCCCGUCCACCACCGGGAGGCAGAAGGCCUUUUCCACCUGCUCCUCUCACCUCAUGGUGGUGACACUUUUCUAUGGGACCUUGAUCAUUAUCUAUAUGCUCCCAGAUGUUGCUGCACUGAGAGACCUGAACAAAGUGUUUUCUCUUUUCUACACUGUCUUGACCCCCAUGGCCAAUCCUUUCAUAUAUACCCUGAGAAAUAAAGAAGUUAAUAAUGCACUCAGUAAAGGAGUCAGAAAACUUAGGGCUUUCAUGAGAGAAAACACAGGCACAUAA